GCCCAUGGACGAGCACGGGCGGAUGAUCGGAGGUCAUCGGGCGCUGUUGGAGAACUUGUUGAGGAGCCCGACUCCAUUCAUCUUAGAGUUACGACGGCAGCAUCUCCUGGAGUGUAUCCUUGCGGCGGACAAGUUGCAACGCGCCCUGCGAGUGAACCGGAAAAGUUCCGGCCAAGCACAAGGAAGUGCCGCAGAUGAGCCAGCGCAGAUGGCGGCCAAAGAAAUCUUGGAAGCACUGGGCAAAGCCGACCGGGACUUAACGGCGGAUCAGCGUCACGUCUACCUACUGCGAGGCUUUGGCCGACGGCUGCCAGAUAUGCCUUCGACCACGGAAAUGGAUCUGGGGAACGAGGCCUUGAAAGCGGCGGUUCGAGCCAACAAGGUGCGACGGAUGCUGCAGGACUAUGCGCAGGAGGUGGUCCAAAGUGGCGCACAUGUUGUGGUGGACGACUUUCUGCGGAAUCUUCAAUCCUCUGGAGUGGUGAAAAGUGGCAAGAGCUGGGAGGCGGCACUCUCUUUGCAAGAUGUGGCGAAAGAGUCGGGCAUUUCCGCCAUGGUGGUCAUCUCUCCAGGCAAGGCCAUCAUGGACGAAUUGAUGGCCGCGCAUAUCGCAUCAGGCACCGCUCAAGAGGAGGGAACCCAUCGCCCCGUCUCACAUGAGGCACAGCAGGGGAGGACCUUCUCGAAACAUGCCAACAAGAGCUUUCCGCCGCCGCCGCCCAUGGACAGCGAAGCUUGGCACCGGUCGUCAUGCCGACAAUGUCGAGCCCGGCUCCGGGUCCGGAAUGGGAAACCGAAGCAUCUUCGCCAGCGGUGCCAUUUACACCGCUUUCACCAGCGUCGCCAGCCUCCCCCGUCCCCGGCUGAAGAGCCGUUCGACCUAUGGGAUGAGGCGGCCAUCCCCUCAGACGCGCCGACCUACCCAGCACCCACGCCCGUGAAGCGGCGUCGGCGCAUUGGAGAGGGGAGCGACGCAGAGAGGAUGCUCAGCAUGGAUUGGUGCGCCGUGAUCCCCAACAUCUUGGAGGAUUCACGCCUCAAGCGGGAGCUGCAGUGCAACGUUUUGCUCAGUGUUGAUUGGGGCAUGAAAGGUGCCAAGCCCUCAAUCAUGAGCUUGUAUAGCAGCACCCGCGUUGAGCGCCCCAACUGGGUCGAGGCAUUGGUCGGGAGGGAAGGAGGGCUCAUGGUCUACGGCAGCAGGGAGCUCCGCAACAGCCCCACUGCUCUCAAGAUCCUGCAAUACGCCAGGGGCAAAGCCAAAGCCUAUUCGCGCAUGCCGCUGCUCCUGACGCCGUCGCGGUCUGUGCCUUUGCCAUCCGAGGCACUGGUCCGUGUGGCGCACGAUGACUUCAUUGUGGUCAGCGACGAUGAAGAGGAAGUCAACACCACCGACGGCAUAUCAGACAUCGGCCCGGCUGCAGCUGAGGCACUUGGCAUGCUCGUGCACACCAUGUACAACGAUGAGACAGGGCUCACCCUCUACCCUGUCUCGCAAUAUCGUUGUGUGCUGCCGGACCAUCCGCAAGACCAGGAAUUUGCAGGCCAGAUCAGGCCAGGCAAUACGGUCGACGCGUUUUCCAAAAUUGUUGUUUGCUUGCUGCGCUGUUCCUUUACCCGGCCAUGUGAGGAAAGGGCGUCAUGCAAAUCUCCGAGCUGCCGGAACAUGACCCCUGGGGGUCAUCUGCAUGCGGGAGUCCAAUGUCAAGGUGGCAUGGCCGUCCUCUGCAGGCACCUUGCGCCCGACGUUUGCUGUCAACAUGGUCCAGGAGCGAUCAAUGCAUGGGGAGGGCUUACAGGGGACACCCACAAGGCCAUCAAGGUGCCUGGCAUCUCGCUGCAGAUGAUCCAGGUCAUCAUGCUGCGCAUCCAGCUGUGCGCCUUGGAUGAGGUGCUUGCGCCCCGCAUCCCAGCAGAGAUGGCGCAGCUGGAUGCUUGGCCACAGCGGCGGGUGCUUCAGCACUGCAUCGAGGUGAUCUACCAGGAGGACCAGAUCGCUGACCCGACAGAAUUGGCGGUCCUCCAGGAAACUGAAACGGAGAGCAAGCCAUGGUGCAUUUUGCGAGGCACCAAAGAUGCCAUGCAGAGGGGCGGGCGGCGCUUUUCAGCCCUCAUCCAGGCGCACAACAAGAAGCCAAAGCUGCCUUUGCAUGGCCUCUCCGGAUGCGCGGUGAUCACCUCCGACCCUUAUGGCACGCUGGAGGACCGGCAGUGCCAUAUCAUUGUGGGUAAUGAGGCUUGGCUCGGACGUUUUGUCGUUUGGUCGCACCCCAUGAUCCACCCAUGGGACGUUCAAGUGUGGGAUGCAAUGCCUCCCCCGAAGGGGGUCAAGUAUUGCUCCUACAACACCAUCAUUUGCACACGCAAAGGUCGUGGUGCGUCGGGUAUUCGCAAUGCCGACCAAGAUGGUGAUUUGUUUGGGUUUUCCAACGACCGGCGGCUCUUAGCUUUGUUCGAUGCCUUGCCAGAGGGCGGCGGCGCCGCAGAAUUCAUUGCAGCCGGGGCCCGUGUUAAGAAGAGCUUGAGCGAGGUGCCGCGCAAGGCCCUGCCAAGUGUAGACGCUUACCGGGCCCACAUCCUGCCCGUCUGCGGCCUUGUGUACGCAAUUGCGGAACGGGUACUAGAGCAUGUCUUCUUUAAGUCGCCUGAUCCGCGCCAGGAUGGCUCCCUGUUUGCUGCGAUUGAAUUACGCGCUUAUACGCAUGCUGCCAUGGAUGUGCCAAAGAAAUAUCUGGCAACUGAAGUGGUGAGCAAAGCUAACGCAUGUCUCAAGGCCGCCGGGGUAAAGAUCCGAGGUAAGGGAAGCAGAAAGGUUUCCCAAACCUUGAAGGCGCGCCUGAAAUUCAAGCCUGUAAGGCGCGUGGAUGCCCUUACGCUGCUUGGGAAGGAACUUGGCAACCACAGCAGGCUGGGAAAAGUGUGGAUGCCUCGUUCUACAAUUCGGCUAUCUGCAGCAGCGGGCGCUGCUUACCGCCAAGCUCUUCUCGCAAGGGAACCAAGGGGGCACAAGGUUGCUACUUCGUGA